ACAGCAGUGUUCAGCCUGGCUCCAGCCGGAGAGAAGACACCUUCCAGACCGGUCUCUGUGGCCUGCUGGGAUCUGCUAAGAAAGGGGGUACAGGGGGAGUGGGAGACCCCUCAGUCUACUCUACCAACCAGACACAUGCUGUUCAGCUGCCUGCCCACCCCGGACCCUGGGCCUGUAGCUGGGCCUGGGUCCUGGAGCCUCCCGGCCCCCAUCAGACCUGACUUCCCCAGGCAGAGUGUGGCCGUCCCUGGGGAGAUCUGCAGCAGCAGUGGCCUGAGCACCAGGUGGGUGAAACAGAGUGGAGCAGAGCAGAGUGGGUAGUGACUACAGGACACAGAGAGAACAGACCCUAGUAGAACAGAGUGACUACAGGACACAGAGAGAACAGACCCUGGUAGAACAGAGUGACUACAGGACACAGAGAGAACAGACCCUGGUAGAACAGAGUGACUACAGGACACAGAGAGAACAGACCCUGGUAGAACAGAGUGACUACAGGACACAGAGAGAACAGACCCUGGUAGAACAGAGUGACUACAGGACACAGAGAGAACAGACCCUGGCUACGGGACAUAUAGCACAGAGCCUAGUGGUCAUGCCCUGUUAAAACAUGGCACUGGAGCACAAAGGAUGUCCUCUCAUUUCAAUUCUACGCUCGCUUUCAACCUCUGUCUGUUUAUCUCAUCUCUCUAUCCUCUCUCGGUGGGUGGCCUAAACACAGGCUCUUAUAGGACACUGUUGGACAGCUUUCCUCUCAAAGAAAACAGAAAAGAACGUCCUCCUACUUCAUAAUUGGGCACAUGAGUUAGAAGUGAUUUUACAACAUGGGUUACAACACAGAUUUCAGUCUUUGUUCUUUCAUGCAGCUGUGUUUUCCUUCUGUCGUGUGUGUCUCUAUGUGUUGUGUGUGGUGGUGGUGGUGUGAGUGGUGUGUGUGAGAGUUUGUGUGGUGUGUGUGUGUGGUGUGUGUGUGUGUGUGUGUGUGUGUGUGUGUGUGUGGUGUGUGUGUGUGUGUGUGUGUGUGUGUGUGUGUGUGUGUGUGUGUGUGUGUGUGUGUGUGUGUGUGCGCGUCCGUGCGUGUCCCUCCCUCCCCAGGCCUGCCUGCAAUCAGGGCCCUACCCUGCAGGCCUGCCUCCAAUCAGGGCCCUACCCUGCAGGCCUGCUUCCAAUCAGGGCCCUACCCUGCAGGCCUGCCUCCAAUCAGGGCCCUACCAUGCAGGCCUGCCUCCAAUCAGGGCCCUACCCUGCAGGCCUGCCUCCAAUCAGGGCCCUACCAUGCAGCCCUGCCUCCAAUCAGGGCCCUACCAUGCAGGCAUCUGGGCUUAGUGGGGGAUAGAGGGAUGCUGGGUGUGCUGCUGGUGGUUAAAUGACUCAGUGUUUGGUUGUUCCAGAGCUUUGGUGAUGACGUAUCAGGAACACCUGGGUAUCACCUACGUCACGCUGAAUGAAGACCCCUGUCCUCACAUGCUCAUCCACAACCAGACCCCUCUCUCUAUGCUGCUCAGGGAGAAUGUCAAGGGUAGGGCCACACACACACACACACACACACACUGUUAUGCCUCCUGCCAACCUCAGACACGGUGUUAAAACUACACCUCCAACCUGGUACAUAAUAAUAAUAAUAAUAAUAAUAUGCCAUUUAGCAGACGCUUUUAUCCAAAGCGACUUACAGUCAUAUGUGCAUACAUUUUUAUGGGUGGUCCCGGGGAUCGAACCCACUACCCUGGCGUUAUAAGCGCCAUGCUCUACCAAUUGAGCUACAGAGGACCACGAAUCCACUGUUCCAUACACUCUUAGAAAAAAGGGUUCCAAAAUGGUUAUUUGGCUGACCCCAUAGCGGAACCCUUUUUGGUUCCAGGUACAUAGGGCCCUGAGUUGUUCCUGACUGUUGUUCCUCAAUCAACUCUCAACUGUAUCCAUAUCAUUUAAGUAAUUUACUUUAUUGUGUUAACCUAGACAUGUUUUAAAAUGUAUGUACUGUGUGAAUGUCUUUUUUUUAAAUGGUCAAAUAACAUCAAUUAACUGUUGACCAUUUGUCCCCCAGAAUCCCCCAGGACAGAGGUGUACUGCCGCCCCCUCCCUGCUAACUCCUCCCUCCACCAUGGACUUUACCACCACUACUCCAGCUUCCCUGACUGCAGACAGAGAGAGCCUCUACCCACCCUGCUGCUGAAGACCAGUCCUAACCCUGACAUGCCCCCUGGCUCCAGUCUGCAGCCCAGCGACCUGCAGACAUCUCCAGAGUGGAGCGAC